GGCAGGGCGGGAGCRUCGCGCGCGCGGCGGGCGGUUCGAGCUGUGGGCGCUUCCCGGAACCUCCCCUCAGCCUUCCCUGAGCCUUCCUUCACCCUCUCCCUCGGCCUCCCCGCCGCCUCCCCUCACCCUCCUUAAGCCUCCCUUCAGCCCUCCCUUAGCCUCCCCUCCGCCUUCCCGCCGUCUUYCCUCAGCCCCGCCUGAGCCUCCCUUCAGCCUUCCCGCCAUUUUCCGCCUUGCUCCCCUCCCCUCAAGCCGCCGCUGCGGCAGAGCAGAGCGCUAGGGCCUUUUGAGCACGGAGGACAGAGGACGGUUGGAACGCUGCCCUGUGACAGGAACCUCGUGUAACAUUGUGUGUCAUCUGCCGUCUGUAACUGAGCUAAGUCAGACGCCUAGGGAGCUUGAGACGAAUGCCUUUACUUGUUCAGUGCUCCAGGCUGGCUGGCAAAGUGGGAUUCUCUGGUGAAAUGUAUGUUUUAGGAAUAAAGAGGUAAUAUCAAACUAAAAAAAAAUCCCUGAGUAUUACCAGAGUAUUACAGACAAGAUCCCCUGACUGUUGAUGAUUAGUCCUAUAUCCUUUGCUGUCUCUUACACACACUUUAGAAUCCCAAAGCAGAUUAUUUGUCUGCUAGGAAACAGCAAAGCAGCAAACUUCUUUUUCUUGUAAGUUGUAGCUGUUGUCACAAGAGUAUUUUUACACUGAUCUUAAUUUUAAUUUUUUAUGAUUGUAAAAAAACAUGCUGUUUUAUGUUGAGAUAUUUAUAUGUUAAAGUAUUUCUUGUUCCAUUUUCAGAGGAAACUUUAAAACAAAGUUYUAGAAGACAAGAUUCUGCUUGCUAUCGAGACUCUUUUUAUUAAAAUACUGAAUAUUCAUUUUAAAUGGCAAAAAAAUUAARGCUGGAAUAAUACCCCAGAUUUUUCCAUGUAUUUGGAUCUUUUCUGCUUACAAAAUAUUUURAUCAUGAGCUGUGGAAAGGAUUUUGUGGAAACUCUUAAAAAAAUUGGAUAUCCAAAGGCUGAUGAGCUUAAUGGAGAAGAUUUUGACUGGAUGUUUGAGUCUUCAGAAGACAAAUCAUUUCUGGAGUGGUUUUGUGGAAACAUAAAUGAGCAGCAUGUGGUAUCUGAAAAAGAACUGCAAGAUUUUAAUAAUCUCGGGUGUGAUAAGCCUGUGUUGGAAGGAAAAGCACUGGAUGAAGUCUUUAAAACCUUAGAGCCCAUGGGCUCGAAGAGGAGCCAAGAGGAGGACARGGAAGAAGAGGAAGAWGUGAAGAAAUUAGAGGAGGAGAUUCAAACCCUUCAGAAGUUAAAAAACCUUCAAAUUCAUCGGCACAAUAAGCUUGAGCUGAUGGUUGCUACAAACAGYCACGUAUUACAGACAUUCCAGAGCAGAGAGGAAGAAGCACAUAAGGAUUGGAGAGAAGGACUAGAAAUGUUCACUUCAGCAAAUAAUAAGCUUGACAAUGAACUGCAGUCUCUUAUARCUGCAGUGAAGAAAUUUUCCUCUUUCUUUACUGCUUCAGAUUCAGAACAGGGUUCGGAUGCACAUCCAGUGUUUUUUUCCCAACUUCCUUUGGACAAAUAUUUAUCUCUGGAAGAACAAAACACUGCAGCACUUACGUCACACAUAGAAAAGCAUUUUUGUAAGGGUAUGUCUGAAUGUGCUGGAAGUUCACGUGAAGGUAGCUUUCAACUUGAUGAUUUCAUCAAGCAAGUCACUUUUGAUGARACUAAUGAAGUUUGUGAAGUGAGGCAAGAGAUAGCCAGGCUCCAGGCUGCAUAUAUUUGUGUUCAAAACCAGCUAAUUCAACUGCAAGCUCAAGAGGAGGGCAUGAAUUCAGCUAUCAAGUGUGCAGAGAGCCUGCUGCAGUCCUUGGACAAGGAUAUUGGACAACAAGAAAACAUUGAUGCUGAAGUAUCUAGUUCAAGUGAUGAAAUUUCAACAAUGAAACAAAAUAUAGCUCAGAUAAAUAAUGAAGAGCUKCUUCCACUUCUUAAGAAGAAUGCACAACUUUUGACUGCACCAUUGGUGAAAGAAUACUUAGCCCACCAAAUUGUUCGGCAGGACUGUUAYGCAGCAAUACAAGAUAAAAUAGGCAGGCAUUUGAUAAGACAGAAAGCAUCAUAUGAACUUAUACAGCUGGCCUAUGAACUGGAGAUGAAGAAACAUCAGGAGAUCAGCUGUCAACUUGAGAAUUUGGUAGAAUCUCUGAAACAGAGCACUGAUGAGUUGCAGCAGAGACUACAGGUGAUAGCUGAAAGAACUCAACAUGCAAAGCCAAAACCCACUAUUAGUUCAGAGGAUAGUUUCUCUUGCAGGCUAUAYCAGCUCCUGGAAGGAGGAAAUAAAAAACAGCAACUCUUUAAAACAUACAAAAGCCUGGAGCARAUGGCUCAGAAGUUAAAGCAGGACUGUGCUACAGUACAAGAUCAGCUGGCAGCAUCUGCUCAAGAACAGUCUCUCCUUUUGUCCAAYCUAGAAAGGAAUGUGGAUGCCCUUCAUGGUGCUGUCUAUUGUGGAGCAAAUCAGAUACGGCUCCGAAGUUCGGAACUUACUGAGCAGUUUCAUGAACUGGAAGUGGAUUUAGAUAAACUAAAUCAUCUCCUUAUGGAUCUGGUUGCUGAUCUGAAGUCGAAGAGAAGCUUUUUAGAGUCCAAUAAGCUGCAUCAGAUGGAAAGAGACUUGUAUGUGUAUUUUUUCACGGAUGAAGAUCACUUGAAAGAGAUGGUGGAGAAGCUUGAGCAACAGUCUCAGGCUAAAGCCAGUGGUCUGGAAGAUGAGAAUUCAACAACCAGUGGAGUUCUUAAUGUCUAAACAGCAGGGUACCCUUAAGAAAGGAAAAUGUUAAUGUAAUCUGUCUACGAGUUUAUAGAAUAAUAAGCAUUAGCUUGUCAAGGCUGACACUUAACUGUCACUGCAGUGAAUCUGAAGUGCCUCUGUUACCAGUUGGCAUUGUGUGCUGCUUCAUGGCUUCUGCCUGCAGAGUUCAAUCUCAGUUUUGUCAGAACUUUUGGAUAUGAAGUAAUUGUUGGUUAUUUGAAAGAACUAUGUUCAGGCUGCUCUUCUGCUAGCCUGUGUGUUCAUUUCUGCUGCACACAUAGCGUCAAAAAGGACAAGUGUCGUAACUUAACUUGAGGGUAUCUUGCAURCUAAGAACUUUUGAUUGAACUGCAAAAUAAAUAUGGGGGAUGCAUUCCAGAUUUUGGAACAUAAAUGUAGUAUGCUUGUAGUGAAGAGGAGAGUUCUCCAAGGCAGAUAUACCAUGAUUGUUUCCCUUACAGUUCUCCUGAGAAGACUUGGUUUUGUUAAAACUGUGUUGGAAUAUGUACCAGAAUCUGCCUUAACUACCAAGACCAUCUGUUUUAAGACCGUUCCAACAUCUCUUAAUUUAACUUAUGGCUUAUGUUCUCCAUUGAAASCAGUCCAUACUUAUACUGGGCCUGUCAAUGAAAAAGAAUUUCAGAUUUAUCUUUUGUACUUCUGAGUUUGCCCUGUAAUUUAUAAUGAUAGGCAUUUCAGUUCAGAGUGCUGAUGCUUUCAUACUUCUGCUUUCAUGUGCAUUGUUAGCCUGUUUAUCAAAUAUUUGUAUAGCUUCCUAAUAUUCCAAUGGAACUAAAUAGGCUUUUAGAGUAUGAUAAAUUCCAGUCUUUUAUAUUUUGAUGGGAUCAGCUGUGCUUGCUUUCAAGCAUUGUACAUAUUGAUGAAGGGUAGUAUAUUAGCUUUAAAUUCAGUAACAGUAGUCUUAAAACUAUUUUGAUAGCAGACUUUUAACUUUUAUAUGAUUAUAACUUAUUUUGAAAUGUGUAAUUUUUUUUUAGCUUACUGGUUGGGUGUCUUUAUGUCUGGAUUUCAUGCUGCUUAACUCUAUACUUCGUGUUUAUUAUUAAAUGCCAAAUUCUAUCAAUUCAGUUCAGUGUGGUUAAUAUUUAUGGUGAAUCUGUUUUUCUAGGCCUGUUCUCAGGCAUGGUGUCUUGUUUAUAUUUAGUCUGAUGGGCUCUCGUUUUGAUCUGCCCCUGAGGCUGUGACUGCUGCUUCCCAGCCUGAGAAGUCAGGGAGCACUUUAACCCUGUUCAGGAAAGAAGUGUUGCUCUUAAUUAUGGUAGUUAGGAGGAGUUGUGUGUGGGGAAGGAUUGUAUUUCUGACUCCUGGAAUGUCAGGGAAAAGUAAGCCAUUCCACCUCUCUCCCUUUCCUUCACAUGCUUGCUAAUUAGAGCUAGAUGGAUAUAGCUAGUACUAAUGCAGUAUGAUGUAUGUUCCUCUUUGAAUUGUAUGCAACUGUUUGCACUUGUAAGUAUUGAAAGUUACAAUGUAUCUGUGCUCUUGAGCCAAGAGAAAUAUUUCCGUGUAGGCAGAGGAACUGUUGUUUGCAAAUGGUUAAAUUUGACAGUCUGCUCAUGCACUGGAUUUAGUGGGAGAAGACCAGAGUAACAGGAUUCCAGUUACUAACUUGUGUAGGAAUAAUUGAACAAACAGCAGGUUUUGGUAGAGUGAUUGACUUGUACAGCUUGGAUCUUCUAAGUAUUUUUAAAAUGUUGGAUAUUUCUCUUGUGUUUGUGUCAAGUUUUUAUUUUUUCUGGGCUAACUAUGAAACAACAAAUAAUAAGAUUUGACUCCGUUACUUGUGAUUCUCCAAUGUGUGUUGUACCUAAGAAUUGUCCAAGUAUUUUGUAUAUAUUACAGAAUAUGGACAGAUCAACUGGAAAACCGACUGCUUUUCAGRAAAGGAUAACAUUUAGAACAGCAGUAGCUGGGGUCAAAGCUUGUAGAGACUAUCGAUGUUGCUGACCAGUUUCUUAAAUUGACAAAUUAUAGUAGCUGUUUUCAUGUUACCAAUAUGUAACAGUAUUUAAAUGCAUCAAUUAUACAAAAUUUAAGAAAAUAGAGAAAUUUAAGAAAAUGCAAGUAUU